UAAUCCAGACUACCAACCAAACAGAACCUGCAAACGAAUAUAAACAACUGUAUUCAUUUCUUUGACUAUUAUUAUUAUCCUCCAUUCUCCCUCACUCUGUGUACCACUCUCAAGAUUAGAUUUUGUCUCAAAUCAAAAACCAAAAAAAAUCAUUUUUUCUUCUCAUAAAUUUCCUCAUCAGAUCUUAGUAUGUAGUCAUCUUUACUACUUUUAUUAAUUAGUUUGAUUAAAAUCUUAAUCAUUUUACUCACUCUUUUUAAGUUUAGUAAAGUUGAGUAACUUUUUUCUUCUUUUAUCUAGUUUUAGAGAUUGAUAGUUGUUGGUUCUUUUGAUUAGUGAAAAAAUGGAAGAAAAUUCAAAAAAAUCAAGAAAUUACGAUAUACCAGAUCUAGCACUAGAGUGUAUUAUGGCAUAUAUAAAUGAUUCAUAUGAUAGAAGUUCAAUUUCCAUGGUGUGUCGUAAAUGGUAUGAAAUUGAUUCAAUAACAAGAAAACAUGUAACUAUUAAUUUUUGUUAUACAAUCAAUCCAUAUCGGUUGAGUCAAAGGUUUCCAAGACUGGAAUCAUUGAAAUUGAAAGGGAAACCUAGAGCUGCUAGAUUUAAUUUGAUACCUGGGAAUUGGGGUGGAUAUUUAGAUCCAUGGAUUAGAGAAAUAUCUAAAAGUUUUAAUUGUUUAAAAUCACUUCAUCUCAGAAGAAUGAUUGUUUAUGAUGCUGAUCUUCAAGUAUUGGUUGGAUCUCAUAGUCAGUUGUUACAAGUUCUUAGACUGGAUAUGUGUUCUGGUUUUUCCACUGAUGGACUGAAGCUUGUUACACGUUCUUGCAGAUGUUUGAGAACCUUGGUUUUUGAAGACAGCACUGUAGAGGAAAAAGAUGGUGAAUGGCUGCAUGAACUUGCUUUGAAUAACACGGUACUUGAAACUUUGAACUUCUAUUCAACCGAUAUUGGGAAAAUCAGUACCCAAGACCUUGAAAUGAUAGCCAGAAACUGCAAAUCUUUAAUCUCCGUGAAAAUUGGUGAUUCUGAAAUCCUUGAUUUAGCUGGUUUUUUUCAAGCUGCGAAAAAAUUGGAAGAGUUUGGUGGGGGUAAUUUUGGCGAGGAUCCAGAUAAAUAUUCAGUAAUUUCAUUUCCUCGAACAUUACGCAGUGUGGCUAUUAGCUACAUGGGAAAGGAUGAAUUGCCUAUAUUUUUCCCAUUUGCAUCUCAACUAAAGAAGCUGGAUCUCCUUUAUGUUUUAUUUGACACGGAGGACCAUUGUCAGUUGAUUCAGCGGUGCCCAAAUUUAGAAGUUCUCGAGACAAGGAAUUUGAUUGGAGAUCAAGGAUUAGAACUUCUUUCUCAGAAUUGUAAGAGAUUGAAAAAGCUUAGAAUUGAGCUGGGUGCAGAUGAUGAACAAGACGUAGAGGACGGACAAGGUGUAGUUACACAUAGAGGGCUGUCUGCUCUGGCACAGGGCUGUGUUGAACUGGAACACUUGACUGUCUAUGUAUCUGAUAUCACCAAUGAGCCUCUGGAAUUGAUGGGUAUGCAUUGGAAAAAUCUGUGUGAUUUUAGAUUAAUCCUGCAUGAUCGCGGAAGGAUGAUGACAGAGUUGCCUCUUGACAAUGGAAUUCGAGCUCUGUUAAAGGGUUGCCCAAAGUUGACGAGGCUUUCUCUCUAUCUGUGUACUGGAGGUAUGUCAGAUUUGGGACUUGGUUAUAUCGGGCAGUAUGGGCACAAUGUUAGGUCGUUCAUGCUAGGUAACGUUGGACAGUCUGAUGCUGGACUAUUGGAGUUUGCGAAAGGCUGCCCUAAAUUACAAAAGCUUGAAAUGAGGUGUGGCUACUUCAGCGAACGUGCAGUAUCACUCGCUACAACACGACUGCCUUCUCUUAGGUUAAUAUGGUGGCAAGGUUAUAAAACAUCCGGUAGACCCAGUGACCUAUUAACCAUGGUUCGCCCAUUCUGGAAUAUUGAGUACAGCCCACCAAGACAGGAUGUUGUAACAGAUGAGGAAGGACAAGUUGUAAGAGAUGAGGAAGGACAAGAGACGGUUAUCAAGCAUCCUCCCCAGCUUCUUGCUUACUACUCCCUUGCUGGGGAGAGAACAGAUUAUCCAGAUACUGUUAUUCCUAUUAAUCCAUCGAGCGGAUAAUUGUAAAUUUUGGGUGUAACCCUUUCAUUUUAUUUGUAAUGCCUCCUACCUCCUAACAUUUUCCAAGUGUCUAAAUGUCUGAAUCAUUUAUAAAACUAGCUUAGCUUGUAACCUUUGCUAUGUGCUGUCGUAGAAAAUAUACCAUAGACAAACAUUGUAUAUGUCUCGUUGCAUGGAUUUAUUUGAGAACAGUUUUGGCGAAGACA